CAUGCACUUGCUCUAGUACAGAUAAGUACUUGAUCCCAGAACAAAAUGAAAUUGGCCUCCUGGAUAUUUGUAUCGUUGCAGCUGCUGCUCCUGAUAACAGCACUCAAUGCAAGACGAUGUGUUAAGCCAAGUCCAGCACCAACGACACCCACAGCACCGUCCUCCACUCAAUCGACCUCCACUCAAUCGACACCCACUGACAGCGGCUCAACUGAGACGCGGAGUACCUCAACAACCGCAUUACCCACUGACGCAUCACCGACUCCAAGCGAUCCAACCGUGUCAACUGAGGACCCGGGCACUCCAACAGAGUUGCCACCAACUUCAACAGAUGUUGGACCCACCGAGGUGCCAAAUACGACAACCCACAGCACGCCAACAGAGUUGCCACCAACUUCAACAGAUGUUGGACCCACCGAAGUGCCAAAAACUUCAACCCAAAGCACAUCAACAGAGUUGCCACAGACUUCAACAGAUGUUGGACCCACCGAAGUGCCAAAAACUUCAACACAGAUCACAUCAACAGAGUUGCCAUCAACUGCAACAGAUGUCGGACCCACCGAAGUGCCUAAAACUUCAACCCUGGGCACAUCAACAGAGUUGCCAAAGACUCCAACUGAUGUUGGACCCACUAAAGACCCAGACACAACUUUAGGUGAAACAUAUACGGCACAGUCAACAACUAGAGCGACAGCAUUGUCUACCCUUUCGACAUCAACAACAACGGAGACCUAUGUGGAUGCCAACGCGAUGUGCAAAAACCAUCCCGGUGUGGAGUACCUGCCACAUCCCUAUAACUGCCACCAGUUUAUACAGUGCGAUGGUGACCGGGGAUUUAUUAGAACAUGUGCAGGCGAUCUCUACUGGGACUCUAAGGUCCUAACUUGCGAUAGAGAGUGCGCCUAAUACUAAUAUGCUACAAAAAUAUUUAUAUACAUAUGCAAAUAUAUCCAGAACAAAAAUUGUAAA